AUGAAAGUGACAAGGAGAAUCAUGUUGUGCUUGUCAAUCAUACUGAAUGGUGUACGUUUGGGAGAGUCCCUGGGUGUAUCACUGAAGAGCUUAUCAGUGAAAGUGGGCGAGGAUGCCACUCUGGACUGCGCUCUGUCCACUAACUGUAGCAUGGCCACUGUGAGCUGGUACAAGCAGAGUCAAGGAGAGAGGCCUGAACUGGUACUCAGCUACCGCCUGACCAACACCUCCCACGUGCUCUACGGCCACGGCUUCCAUCCCAACAAGAUCACUGUCCAGACCAAUGAUAGCAGGCCACUUCACCAGCAUCAGUUACUGAUCCAUGGAUCUAAAGAGAAUGACAUGGCUGUUUAUUUCUGUGGACUAACAGAAGGAUUUGAAAGAACAACUGAUUUGUAG